CUUUUGCCCUAAUACACAUCCACAGCCGCCGCACCCUCCUCGCCUCGUUCUUUCUUCUUCUUCUUUUCUUCACUCUACUGCUCUGCGGAAGGAUCAACCACCUCAAACAAUCAAGCGGAAUAAAAAAAAGACGGCGUUCGAUCCGGUCGAAGUGUACCGACGCCAGCGGGAAAUAGGUUAUUGCAAAUAUACACCAUUUGAUAGAUUGCAUUCUGUUCUCAUUGUCUGUAAGACCCAUGGAUAUGGUGGAAACACAGUAUGAGAUUGAUCUGGGAAAUCUUAUGGCCUUUGAUCCGCAUCACCAGUUCAUUGCUCCUCCCACUUCCAGAGAGGAGGUUGUAAAAGAAGCCAUUGAAAAGGGAACCAGAUUAGUUCAAGCAGUUGCGGAUGCCCUUUUCAGUUUGCCCGCAACCGAAGACCUUAAUGGUCCCAUUGUCAAGUUGCCUGAACCUACUACCAAAUUGCCCAGAGAAAAACCUCUUCCAAAGCCUAAACCUCCAACUAAAUGGGAGUUGUUUGCUCAGAAGAAAGGUAUACAAAAGCGCAAGAAAGAAAAACUGGUGUUUGAUGAGCAAACUGACACUUGGAAACGGCGUCAUGGCUAUGCUAGCAUCAAUGAUGACAAUGAUGUACCAAUCAUUGAGGCCAAGAGUACUGAUGAACCCGGAAAGGAUCCGUUUGCUGAGAGGCGCAAAGAAAAGAAAAGCAAAGUUGAUAAACAGGAGAAAAAUCGCAUGAAUAAUCUGAAACAGGCUGCUAAAGUUGGUGCUCUGCCAAGCCAUGUUCAACUUGCUGCGACUGCUUUACCCAUUACGGGGACCCAAGAGAAGUCCAAGAAAAUUAGCAAGGAUGAGUUACAAAAUGUUGCUGGAAUGGCAGCAACUUCAACGGCAAGUGGUGGAAAAUUCGACAAGAAAUUACCUGGAGAGAAGCCCCCGAAGCAUGAAAAGAAGUACCGAAAGUUCCUACCGGCGGUUGAAGGGUCGGGAAUGGGAGCCAUGGAGAGACAGCAAACUGAGAAGGUUUUGAACAAAUUGAUCUCGAAAAACUCUCAUGAGAUACUCAAUGUAGAAAAGGCCGUAAACAUGUACAAUGUGAAGAAGGAAAAGAGGCAAAGAAAACAAGGUGGGCAAUCAUCAUCCUCUGGCAAGAUGAAGCCUAACAAGAAAUCUUUCAAGAAAUCGUCGAGAAACGGUUCAUCGUCGUCCAAAAAGGGCCCGUCGAACAAGAAGGUAUCAAAGUAAUCAAAUUUAUGUUCUUUGAAAGUAAAAUGCAUAACUUGCUUGCUGGUAUUAAGAUUUAUUUUCUUGUUUUACUAUUGAUAUUUGUAAUUUAGUUUACCAUAUUCUUGCUAUAAAUUUUGAUUUAUGUUUCUGCUCA